UGCUAAAGUGGGCACACCCAGGGUUAGAAAAUAGUCAUACUGCCUUGCUAAUAAUGAAAAGGUCUGGAGUCCCAGACUGGCCUCAGUGCCUGCAUAUAGAACUGCAGUCAAAACUUUGAUCCCAGAGACAAGACCUCUUUGGACCAAGGUAAUUUCUGCUGUUCAGAGCCUUGUAAGGGAAAACGUUCCCUGCUUUCCGUCCAGCCCUUGGUGCUUCUGUGGCCUUCACCUAAGAUACAAGACAGGUAAUGAUGGCUUCCCCUCCACAAUCUCGUAUACAUUAUACUUCUUCAAAGAGGUCUGAGUCAAAGGAUACCCAAAAAGAGCUUCAGGAAUAUCCCAGAACCUUCAGAGUUCAUGACUCACAACAGAUGGUGUGGGUCCUGACUGGAAAUUCUUUAACAGCAGUUCCUGCUAGCAACAAUGUCAAGCCUGUCAUUCUUAGCUUGAUAGCAUGUAGAGACACGGAAUUCCAAGAUGAAGAGAAAGGUAAUCUAGUUUUCCUGGGAAUCAAGGGCAGAAGUCUCUGCCUCUUUUGUGCUGAGAUCGAGGGCAAACCAACUUUGCAGCUUAAGGAUAUAGACAUCAUGAAUUUGUACAAUGAGGGAAAAGCACAGAAAGCCUUUCUCUUCUACCAUGGCAUAGAGGGCUCCACUUCUGUCUUUCAGUCAGUCUUCUAUCCUGGCUGGUUUAUAGCCAGCUCUUCCACAGCAAGACAGACAAUCAUCCUCACACAGCAGAGGGGUGAAGCUAAUAACACUAACUUCUACUUAGAGUCUGAGAAUUAAAUCCAGAGUGGGCCACAUGUGGCGAGUUCCAGGCCAAAGAAUCAAACUGUUGGAGAAGCUUUUACUUGAAAACAUAGCAAGGCAUCUUAGAUGACAACCAUGCCACCCCUUCUCCAGACAUCCAUGUCCAAAAUGCCAUUCCUUUGAACAUCAUUCCAGCAUGAAGCCCAACAAUCACUUUCAUUCUUUUCUGAUCAUGUCCACCAUCCAUCCAGCUACCGAGUCCAGUCAAGUCAUAGUCUUCUUACAUGCAACUCUCUCUCCCUCUUCUCACAGCAGCCAAUGGAGCAGACAUGUGGAUUCCAAAUCCUCAAUGCAAGGUUCUUCCUUCUUCAUUUUAUGUAUGCUUAUUGUAAUACAUUAUGUAUAUUUAAACGGAUGAUAAAUAACUAAAAGGUAAAUGUCAAGAAUGAGGCAACAUAAAAGACAUAUCCUAUGUCUUGGUAAUUGAGGUAAAUUCAGAACAUCAUCAGUUAAUAAUCUGACACACAGUGUAUACUUGCACUGUAGUGACUGUUAACCAAAGUGAAUAUAAAAUGAAUCCAAAUUUCAAGGAGUCAUUCACAUCAAUUAGAAUUUCAAAUUAAUUAUACUGUCUUUAUUUUCCUUUAUAAUGUGUUUGGAAAUUGAAGGGUCAGCUCAGAUAAUUUCUUGUGUUGUCUGGAAUUUUAGAAAUAUUUAUGUGGAUACUUUUAAGUAAGUUGUUUAUUUUGUGAGAGUGUGGUGGUUUGAAUAAGAAUGGUCCUGUAGACUCAUAUUUGAGUGGUUAGGUAUCAGGGAAUGGAAUGUUUGAAAGGAUUACAAGGCUUAGGAGGUGUGGUUUUGUUGGAGUAGGUGUGGUCUUCUUGGAGGAAUUGUGUCACUGGGAUUGGGCUUUGAUGCCAGGGGCCAGCCCCAAGGGUGUGUGUCUUCUUUCUUUUCCUUUCUUCCUGUGGCAGCAGAGGGGGAAGAGCAUUGGUGAAGGCUAAGACAUUGUCUUAAGAGAAAUUUAGAGUUGCUGUAUAAUAAAAAGUUUACUUAUCUAAGUC